CAUUUUCUCAGACUGCCGCAGGGGCCAGCUUUUGCUCGCAAGCAGAACUCUGCGAUCUCGCAUCUCCCCGAGACUUAUUUGCCUUGACAGCGGCGUUUUCUUUAUUUCCCCACCUUGCCGUUCUGCCUUUCCGAUUUCUUCACCACCCAGUUACCUAUCGCACCACACACAAUGUUCUCGCGAGCCGUCCGGAUAUCGCGGGCAGCGCCGAUCCGUGCGGCUGCCCAGCGCGUUCAUGCUGCCUCGAUCGUUUCCCGGAGGACCGUCACGACCAACGCUGCUUCGGCGCAGGUUGACAAGAGCUCAAUUCCACAGUCCGACGAGGAGCCUUUCAGCGUCAGGCUCAGCGAUGAGAGUUUCGAGACCUACGAGCUCGACCCGCCGCCCUACACGCUCGAGGUGACCAAGAAGCAGCUAAAGCAGAUGUACUACGACAUGGUCGUUGUUAGGCAAAUGGAGAUGGCCGCCGACAGGCUAUACAAGGAGAAAAAAAUCCGGGGUUUCUGCCAUCUCUCUACCGGUCAGGAGGCCGUCGCCGUGGGCAUCGAGCACGCGAUCCAGAAGACAGACGAUGUCAUCACAUCGUACCGGUGCCACGGCUUCGCCUACAUGCGCGGCGGCACCGUUCGCUCCAUCAUUGGCGAGCUGCUCGGCCGCCGCGAGGGUAUCGCCUACGGCAAGGGCGGUUCAAUGCACAUGUUCACCAAGGGCUUCUACGGCGGCAACGGUAUCGUCGGCGCUCAGGUUCCUGUCGGUGCUGGUCUGGCUUUCGCCCAGAAGUAUACUGGCGGCAAGAAGGCUACCGUCAUUCUCUAUGGUGACGGUGCCAGCAACCAGGGUCAGGUCUUUGAGGCUUUCAACAUGGCUAAGCUUUGGAAUCUCCCUGCCCUGUUCGGCUGCGAGAACAACAAGUACGGUAUGGGCACGUCUGCGGCUCGCUCGUCGGCCUUGACGGACUACUACAAGCGCGGCCAGUACAUUCCCGGUCUCAAGGUCAACGGCAUGGACGUCCUCGCCGUCAAGGCUGCCGUCCAGUACGGUAAGCGGUGGACCGAGGAGGACAAUGGCCCGCUGGUGCUGGAGUACGUCACCUACCGGUACGGCGGCCACUCCAUGUCCGACCCCGGCACCACCUACCGCACUCGCGAAGAGAUCCAGCGCAUGCGGUCGACCAACGACCCCAUUGCCGGCCUCAAGCAGCACAUCCUGGAUUGGGGCGUUGCGUCGGAGGAUGAGCUCAAGGGCCUUGACAAGCAGGCACGAAACCACGUCAACGAGGAGGUGGCUGCUGCCGAAGCCAUGCCACACCCCGAGCCCACCCCCAAGAUUCUUUUCGAAGACAUCUACGUCCGUGGCAGCGAGCCGCAGUUCAUCCGGGGCCGAACGCCGGAUGAGAACUUCUACUUCAGCAACUAAGGAGUGUGUUUGUGGCCUGAGUCUUGUCGAUGGAUAUCACCAGGGAGAACGAAUCCAUGCUGGAGCUGCGAGGUUCUGAGCGUUAGGGAGUCGAUUUUUGUACAUUAUCCUAAUCUGCUAUAGAGCCUGGGAAAGUCCUGAAAUUGAGGUUUCGGGAUGGGAAGCCUUGGUGUUUGCAAUAUCUGCUUGAAUUUCUGAUAUUGUUCUUCGCCGCAUCGGUCUUGCUGCGCUUUUUGUAGUGAUGCUCCCUCCACGAACGGAGUAAGACGGGUU